GGAGUGGGGUGUCAGAAGGAGGAGCUUCAUUUAAGGCAGACAGAACACUUCAGAAACACCCUGCUGUCAGAUGAGUAGCUGACAGACAAGCUGUUGUGGACCUCUGAACUAGCUGGUAGUAUAGUAAAGUAACUUCAACAUUAAAGUAAAUAGCAGUAUAGUAACUGAGGUAGUAAAGUAACUUUAACAGUAUAGUAACUGAGGUAGUAAAGUAACUUUAACAGUAUAGUAACUCUGAUAGUAAAGUAACUUUAACAGUAUAGUAACUGAGGUAGUAAAGUAACUUUAACAGUAUAGUAACUUUAACAGUAUAGUAACUGUGGUAGUAAAGUAACUUUAACAGUAUAGUGACUUUAACAGUAUAGUAACUCUGAUAGUAAAGUAACUUUAACAGUAUAGUAACUGUGGUAGUAAAGUAACUGUAACAGUAUAGUAACUGAGGAGUAACUGACCAGAAUGAAGAUACUCCAUGUUGUCUCCUGCUGUCUCCUCUCGGCUCUGUGUGUUGUGGAGUCAGCUGGCAUUAAUGUGAAGGGGGUGGUAGCAGGACAAGUCAAAAUCAAAUGCUCUCACACAUGGGCAGGUGACAAUGAAAAAUAUUUCUGCAAAAUAAAAUGUUACCAUAGAGAUCGUCUUGUUCAAACUGAGGGCAACAAGAAUUAUAUUGAGAAAGGGAGAUACACCAUAGAAGACUUAAGGAAUGGAGUCUCCUAUGUGACCAUCAAGAACCUGAGGAAGACAGACUCUGGUACCUACUGGUGUGGAGUGGAGAGAUAUGGCCCAGACACAUACCAAGAGGUGCAUCUCACAGUUACAGAUGCUCCUCCUAGACCGUCAACUGUCACCUCCAGACCUCAUGUCUGCACAACAUCCUCUAACCUCUCGGCAACAUUAUCUAACAUCUCCACAACCCUCCCAAACCUCUCUGCAACAUUAUCUAACAUCUCCACAACCCUCCCAAACCUCUCUGCAACAUUAUCUAACAUCUCCACAACCCUCCCAAACCUCUCUGCAACAUUAUCUAACAUCUCCACAACCCUCCCAAACCUCUCUACAACAUUAUCUAACAUCUCUAAAACAUUUCUGGCAUCUGGAGAAAUCAGUGGUCCUGCUUCGUCUAGAGCAGGUCUGAUGGUGUGGACCAGUGCUGGUCUGGUAGUCAUGGUGACAGUGUUAGGACUGGUCCUGCUCCUGUUCUACAGACAGAGGAGAGGAACCAGGAGAACACCACCACCACCACCACCACCAGUCUCCUCCAACACACAAUCUGACCCUACUGGAGAGGUUGACUGUGUGUAUGAGGAGAUCAGAGAGGCAGACAGACAGACAGACACACUUCCUGUGGUCAUCUCUUCAGUUAACUCCACUGUCAACUCACCUACCAACUCUACAACCUACCCUGCUGGCCAAGCAAUCGGUGUCCCACACUGUGACAUCUAUGCUAACGCUAGCUGCCACAAAGAUGAUAUAAAUCCAAGUUAUUCUACUGCAGAUCACCCAGAUUCUCUCAUCUACUCCAAUGUGGAUCUACCUACAGAUUCUAGAGUCUCUUCAAGUCCUUCAACAGCCAGUGGAACCCAGGAUGAUUCCAUCUACUCUACAGCCCAGAUACCCAAAGAUACUGUAGAAUCUACAAGAUACCCUGCUGUGCACCUCUCUAAAGACACUCCAGAAGAUGCCCUCUACUCUACAGCCCAGCUACCCAAAGAUACUGUAGAAUCUACAAGAUACCCUGCUGUACACCUCUCUAAAGACACUCCAGAAGAUGCCCUCUACUCUACAGCCCAGCUACCCAAAAUAAUAUAGUACUUUUGAAUCUCUACAAGGGAUACAUCCCAAAUGACACCCUAUUAUCUAUCCCCCAUAUGGACCCUGGACAAAGGCAGUGCUCUAUAGAGAACAAGGUGCCAUCUGGGAUGAAGAGAAGCUCCCUGUAGAGAGACGAAGGGUUGUCACCACAGAGCCAUCUUGGAACGACAUUAAAAAACAAUCCCUUUCCUGUUUCAAAUCCUCCUUGACAUAUUGUAUUAAAACAGCUCAUGUGGUUUUACUGAAUAUAAUGUCUGUAACAUAUGAACAUCUGGCUUUAAAAUCACUUUUAUCUCCAGAUUUUGUGAAAGUCAACCAACAUUAUUGUAAAUAUUUGUGUAAAUAUGAACUAUGUGUUUUGUCAAAUCUUGUCUUCAUUUAGGCUGUUAUAAUAAUGAAGACAGUAAUACCAUUAUAGUCCGUUCUACCUUUGAGAUUUACAUAUCUAUUGUGUAUGUAUAUACACUGUGCCUUUUAAAGCAUUUCAUUAAAACAUCAAAAUAG